AUGGCAAACCCAGGACAAUUACCACCGACGACGUCUGAUCUAAUUGAUGCUUCGGACUGGGACACGGCACUAGUCAUAACCGAUGAAUGGAUGAAGAAAAUCGUUCCGGAGAGGCGGCAUAGCGGAUGGGAAGCAGUAGAAAGACAAUGGGUCGGAAAUAAGCAAUCGCAGCAGUCAACAGAUUCAAGGCCAUCCAGGGAACUUACGAGGAAAGAGUAUGAAGCUAUAGAAAGGUUUCCAUAUCCGCAGAGGGCCCUUCCAACUCCACAACUAGAAUUUGACUUCCGAAUGAGAGUUAUUCUGAAUCCACAGUCUGCUUCAGUUGCCGUGAAUGAUGGGUUUAAGAAGUGGUCAACAUUCUCCGACGGUAGCUGGUCGGGCCGUUUUGGAUACGGUCUUGUUGUGAAUGGAGGGCAAGAGAGUCAAGACAUGAUCCAUGGAAAAACGGCAGCAACUUCGGUAGAAGGUAUGCAUCGGCUGCAGACUGGGGACGAAGUGCCAGCAUACAUCGAAUGCAAAACGCGAGGAAAUAUGACCGGACCUCCGGAGCUAGUCAAGGCGCUUCAGGACCCAGAGGCAUCGGUAUCGGUAGACCCAAGAUCGUGUCUGUUCAGGGUGUUCGUCACCAUGAAGACUACGGAUGAUCGAUAUGCAGAGAAACUAAACGCUGGGAUGUGGAUCGGAAGUUGCCUUUGGAAAGGGUUAGAAAUCAUAUAUGACGCAUACCGAGUGAAUUAG